AGGCAGGCGGCCCCGCCAACGACAGAAACGUCUCGACCUUUACGCGACGCACACGUAUCGCACGGUUAAAGAAAAGCGCAGUGUUUUACGAGCGAUUCGAAUUCAGAAGUCGUUGUGUUUUUUUUUAAUCUAUAAGGUUUUGCUGCCAGGUCGUCGGCCAACCAACGAUGCAGAACCUCAUACGAACAUUAACGUUACUCCUGAUUGCGGUAGCAGCCGCGAGCACUACCAAAGCACACGAAUCCAGCGACAACAACUUGACCAACGACAAGAAUGAGCCAACCACACACGAGCUGCUCAGCUCCCUCGGCCUCAAGAAGCUGAGGAUACCAGCGGCACACCACAGAAAGCGUCUCGCAGAACAAGGCAGGAGACACGGGACUGGAGAUUCCAGAAUGUACGUCAUCAAACUGCCACCAAACACCAGUUACUACAGCCACGUGGAUCCUGCACCAGCCGCCGCCAGGACGCUACCCCUACAGAUGACCAGUAAUGGGAAACCAGCUCGAGUUUACCACUGGAAUUUACCAGUUCUCCAUAAAGUUGCCAAAACCAGACCACAGGCGAGGUUCGAUGAUGAUGUUAUCGAUGUAGAGAGCACUCCAACGUGGCCUAAAGGAUCAAACCAUCAUCCUAAUUCCUUAGAAGCGCUUGCAUACUACGUCCCAGCGAAGAAGACAUCUUUCAGGAAGUACUAUUCAGGAAAUGGAAAGCCAAAGUCGUUCUAUGUGCUCGGAAAUAACAAGCACGGCGCGGAAUAUCAUAAGCUUUUGCCGUAAAUAUAUUAUUAUUCCGUUAUAAUAGAGGAUUAAUCCCAACCGUCACUCUGCUAUGUCCCCGCGUGGGGACAGAUGAGAAUAAAAAGUUUCAUCCGUCCCACCAUUUGCGAUGUUGAUGAACUUGUUUUAUUU